UUGAAGGCUCCGCCCGGAAGUGAGCGUCUUUGUGGACACGGUUUAAGCUCAUCGCGUAGACGUUUCCUACACACACGCUCAGUGUUUAAAGGUUUCAGAGGAGCCCCGGGACUGGCCGCGAUGAUCUGUAUCCUGCUGGUAGCCGGUCACGGCACCGUGUUAGAGACCCAGAUUAAGAGUGAUGAAACAGGCCUGUACAGCCACCUGAGCGGGGUACCAAAGGCCUUGCUUCCUGGAAUUGGAGGAAAGAAGAUCCUUGACUUCUGGUGGGAAACUGUCAACAUGCGCCAGCUGUUCACAGAGGUCUAUCUGGUUACCAAUGCUGAUAAGUAUAAGCACUACGAGCGCUGGGCCACAGCUACCGACUUCCCUGUGGAAAAUGUCAUAAAUGACGGCAGUACUACGCUGGAGGAUCGCCUCGGGGCCGUGGCUGACCUGGAGUUGGUCGUGCGGAGCAGGAAGCUGCAGGACGACAUCAUGGUGAUUGCUGGAGACAUGCUGUGUGCAGACCAAAACUUUGACAUUGCUCAAGUUAUUCGCUUCUUCAGGUCAAAGCCCGGAGAGCUGAUCAUAUACUACGAGCUGGAAGAAGGGGAGAAGAGCAGCUCCAGAGGCAUCGUAGAGGUCUGCCCUGAUUCCCACAGGGUAACUCGCUUCUUGGAAAAGCCACAGGAAGGGCGGACGGCGUCCCGGCUGGCCAGCGUGGUGUUUUACUGCAUCCAGAGGGACACGCUGUCCUACAUGUCGGACUUCCUGAACCAACAGCCUCAGACCACGGGCAGGACUUUCGGACAGUUCUGGGAGUGGCUCAUCAGUGAGAAGCAGCGCCACGUGUUUGGUAUGAAGCUUCCUACUGGCUUCCAGCUGAUCGGACAAGUGGGACUGUCAGACUACACCAAGUGGCUCACCCACUACUCCACCAAGCAGCAAGGCAGCCCUGCUAAACCUAUUACAUGCCGGUCAUAUGCCAGGGUGGGACUAAUGGGGAAUCCCUCAGAUGGCUUCAAUGGAAAAACAAUCGCCAUGACCAUCGCUAACUUCUGGGCUGAGGCUACUCUGCUGGACAGCCAGACUUUGGUUUUAGUGCCUCAUCCACUCAACGACCCCACAGAGUUUGGCAGCCUGCAAGAUCUGUUCUGUAUCAGCAGGAAGGAAGGGUACUUGGGGGGUCUUCGACUGCUACAGGCGACAUGUAAGAAGUUUUACCAGUUCUGCUCCAAACAAGGGAUUGCUUUGACGAAGCAGAACUUCACCCUGAAGUACGACACCAACAUUCCCCGACAAGUGGGCCUUGCUGGAAGCAGUGCCAUCGUCUCAGCUACUCUGAAGUGUCUCAUGAAGUUCUACAACAUCACAGAUAAUGAUCUUCCUAAACCAAUCAGAGCCAACUUCAUCCUCAAUGUGGAGACGGAUGAGCUGUUCAUUACUGCUGGGCUGCAGGACCGAGUUGUACAGGUGUACGAAGGCUUAGUGUACAUGGAUUUCAGCAAGGAGUUCAUGGAAGAGCACGGCUUCGGAAGCUACACUCCUAUGGACAUGAGUGAACUUCCACCGUUCUGGCUGGCCUACCUGAGUGACCCCAGUGAUUCUGGCCGUAUCCAUAGCAACAUCCGACAGCGCUGGCUCAGUGGUAUGUUUCCAAAUCAGACGUUACAGGUGCUCAGCAGAUGAAUCCUACUGAUGGUGAUGAUCUCACUGUUUCCUGCUGUACUGGUGCUCUGUCGUCAUCUGCUGUACUUCACCAGUAUCAAUACUGUUUCACCAUCAGCUCAGAAUGAAUGAGUCCAGUUAAGGUGACCAAAACUAGUGACAUUCCCACCACACUCUUAUUUUGGAGUAAUCCCACUAUUUAAACCCAUUUCUAUAAUCAGUGUCAUGUGCCGUUCACUGAAGGGAAAGUCCAUGUUUUCUACAAAUAAACGAACCAAAACCCUCCGAGCUCAGCUCCAGGUAAUCUCAGCUUCAGACCGCUCUGAACACUGUUUGACUUUUUUUGUUCUAAUUGUCUCAGUGUGAUGUCAUAGAGAGGUGAUAUCGCUAAUAUGUUCAUCUCAGACACUAGAAGCUGUGCACACCUGCUGCUUAAUCUUUGUGCCAAUCAAAGUUGGAUUAAGGGGAGCCAAAGCAGCUCGUUUCAGGUGAGGGCCGACCAAUCACACAGAUCCACUGUACAGAAACUGGCUGUAGUUGAAUUGCAGGCACAGCGGGGGAUUCUCACAGGAUCAUCCUCAACGAGUAGAAGUGAACCGAGGGAAACAGUGAAGCUAAUUAACAAGACUAGUCAUGAUUUUUAUCAGACAGCAUGAGUAACGUGUACAAACUGAAAUGAAACAGCAGCUGUAUCCUUAAAAACCGUGCACCCUGUGUUUAAGGCCUUGAUUUCCAAACCAUGGCUCGAUGUAAGCUGCUCAUAUAAAUGCUGCUGCUGCUCACGUCACUGAAAGAUCUUUUAAAAGACAUUGAAUUAUGUCCGUGGUCUGAAUGAACAACAUGUUAAAAACAACCAGAAUAAAACAUUUCAGCAGCAUGAGAGCUCAUCAGUCAGACAGAGCCACCCAUGAAGUCGCUGUCCCAGUGUAAGGAAGAGGACUCCCUUACUACAUUUAUUUAUAUUGUA